CCUUCUCCCUUUUUAUGUCAGCUCUGUUUUUAAGUUAAAGCACAAAACUGCUUGCCUUGUCUCAUUUCUUCCUUGUAAUUCAUUUUAUCUUCUUCCACAAACAUUUCCCAUGACUUCAGGAUGUUUUCCUGUCUGAAAAUGUGCCUUGUUUCCUUGUUUUGGAUGAUUGUGAGGGGAAUAAAGGUGAAAUCACGGUGAAAGCAUUAGGUGCAGCCAUAAUAUAAAUAAAAUUGUUCCCCGUGGGGCUUUUCCACCCGUUUUUGCUGAGUAAUCAUAUCACCAGCACCACACAUGCGUUUCAAGACGUUUUUUAGGAGUAAAAAAAAAAAGUAAAAGGAAACAUGAAUUCCAGCGUAGCCGGGUGCGUUUGUUUUUCCCUUUCAUUCCCGCGGUCCUCCUCUGUGUGUUGGAAUUUCCCGCAUGGACUGAGAGGGAUCUUGCUCCGUAAAUUACAGCGCCUUGCGUGUCAGAGGAAAAGCCUUUUAUGGGCAGGGAAGAGGCGGGGCCAGUGAGGUGGCGGCGGCAGAGGGGAGGUGGGAAUCAUCAAGACAGCCAGAGAAGCAGAGUCGAUGCACGGCAGCAGGCCGCAUCAGUUUUUUUUUUUUCUUCUUCCUGCAAUCACAGUGCAAUAAUGUGCAACAAACAGCGGCUGCAUUGCGCUUCUGUGCAUGCGCAUUAGUACGUUUGUGUUUACGCUGCAACGUCGCCGUCCCCCCCCCUCCUCCUCCUCCUCCUCCUCCUCCUCCUCCCCUCACUUGUUUUCCUUCUACUUAGCUGGGGGCGCCGAAGGAAUGGAGGAAAACAGUACAAAUGCGUGGGUCAGCAGCGUAGCAUGAGUCAACCUCGGGGAUGUGUGCAGUCAUCAUCGCGGGGCCGCCGCUGCUGCUGCUGCUGGCCGCUGCGAGAGAAGCGAUCCUGCGCGGCUGAGCAGCUUUUCACAGGUGUCGCCCAUGAAUGAGAAAAACAUGCAGACUUCUUCAGAUCUUUUCACCCCCAACUGUAGACCUCUGAGUAGGUUGUAACUACUUCAGAGGGUAUAGAGGAUAAUCUCCUCCUUAUGCUGAUGAUUAGGUUGGAGUGGUUCCCUGCUUUGCCCUAUUCAUGCUCGUCAUGAGUGUACCUGCCCAGCAGAAACACAGCGCUAAAAGAACGGGCAAACGGAUCACGUUCUUCAGCGAUCAAGGUGGAGACUCAAUGAAGGAGACUUCGCAGCAUCCUGACGGGGCUUACUUUGUCCCAGGAGGCACUGCCUCAGAGUCUGGACAAAGUGAGGCAGCAAGUACUGUGACCUCCAAUCCAGAGGGUCCUCACAUGUAUCUCAACUCUGUGAUCUUCAGCCCAGAUAAGGGGGACCAGAGCAGGGGUCACUAUCAGCAGACUGUGCCAAUGAAGUGGGCUCACCCGGAGCCCAGUCAACUGCAGCAGCAGAGAGCUGCCUCUUGGACCAUGCCUAACUGGGGGCCAGCCUUUGCAAAUUACACAAGGACCCAGAAUGCAUUUGUGAAACCGAUGCACGAGACCUCCGGUGGCUUACAGCCGCAUCAGCAGCCAACAAACAGAGCAGCAGAAGUUGCAAAGUCUCGAGCGCUGGAGUGGGAGCAGCAGCAGGCUUCCCAGGUCUUUCAGGAGACGCUGAAACCUGGAGUACUGAACGCUCAGCAGCAGAGCGCCUCCCACCCUGGAGGAAGCUCAGUUUUGCAGUCUUUCCAGCUAGCCUUCGGUCAGCCCAAACAGCACCUGCCAGCUUAUUACCAGACCUUCCAAGGGAACAGGAGCACUCUACCUAACCCCCCUAACUACUCGGCACCUAAUUCUAAAGCCAUGCUACACCUGCAGCAGCUGCAGAAUCAAGAACAAAUGCAACGGCAGCAGCAGCAUCAUGCCAUCCAGCAGCAAAUUCAGCAGCAUCAGCAAAUCAUACGACAUCCACAUGUGCAGUUACAACAACAGCAGCAGUUACACCAUGAGCAGCAGCAACAAAAGAUGCAACAACAGCGGCAACAGCUCCAGAUUCAGCAGCAAAUGCAACCUCAGCAGUUGCAACAACAAAACCCCCAUGUGCUAGACUAUUUCUCUGGUGCACAAAGUGCACACCCUCAUCCACAGCCCGUUGUUGUACACUCCCAGGAAUCCACCGCUCCAGCUCCACCAAAGAUCCAGGAACCGGUGAUCCAAGACAUCACGCCAGAACCCCAGCAGCCAUCCGAUCCUCUCCAGGCCCCUCCGCCUCCCGAGCCCCCAUCGCAGUCUCAGACACAGCUCCAAUCCCAGGGGCAGCUUCGCAGAUCCCGCCGGCUGUCCAAGGAAGGUGGGGCGCCAUCUGAUAACCCCUUUUUGAGUGUGUGCUCGGAUCAAUCUGGACCCGAAAACGGGGCCCGUGAUGUUCAAGGGGCGCCCACAGGGGUCAUCCAGAGCACACGCAGGAAGCGGCGGGUGUCCCAGGAGGUCAACCUGGAGAUGCUUGCUCAAGAGGCCUCAGAAAGGAAGUCUCCCUCACUCAGUAAGGAGCCACACAGGCCGUGGAGUCCCGCUGAACCAGAGGGCAUGAACGCCAAGCGGCCUCGAGAUGACGGCCUCCUUCCACUCGUCAUCCCCGUAUCUGUUCCCGUUCGGAGACGGGAACCCUCGUCUCCGGAUAGGGAUGGCACAGCUCUAGCAUCCAGCUGGCCUCACAGGCCUUCCAACCACCAAGACCUUGGCCGUGCAGAUCAUAAGCCCUCAGUCAUCGUCACCCGGAGACGCUCGCUCCGAAAUUCCUUGUCAGAAAGUUCGGAGCAGAAUGACGGCACCGAGGGAGAGAGGGAUGAUGACGGCAAGAAGUCCAAACGCCGUCCCCGACCGGAGCCUCUCUUCAUCCCGCCGCCCAAACCCAGUUUAUUCAUUGCCCCGCCUGUCUACUCCAGCAUCACACCCUACCAGAGCCACCUUCGCUCUCCGGUUCGCCUCGCCGACAACCCGAUCACGAUGCCCCCAUACACGCCUCCGCCUAUCCUCAGCCCCGUUCGGGAGGGCUCAGGCCUCUACUUCUCCACCUUCCUCUCGUCAGCUGCAGGCAGUGGUCCAGGCCUGCCCCCUCCUGCGACUCCUAAAUCGGCUACUCGUAGCUUAUUGCGUUCCAGCAGCUGCGACAUCACACCACCAGUGUUGUCCGCCAUGAGCGAGACCACUCCAGUCAGCAUUGAGCCGCGAAUAAACAUCGGGUCGCGGUACCAAGCGGAGGUGCCAGAGCUGAGGCAGAGGGCAGCUGUCGAGCUGGAUCGCCAUCGAGCAGAACUGGUUUGGGCUCCGCCGCCUGAACUGGAGUUAAAGCCAGACUUUCAGGACAAGGUGGAAGACCUCAUGCACCUAGCCUGUUCCAGUGUUUUAUAUGGAGGAGGCACCAACCAGGAGUUGGCACACCAUUGUUUAUACGAGUGCAAAGGGGACAUAAUGGCCGCUCUGUCUCUGCUGAUGCUGAGGGAUCCCAUCUUCCCCAAGACCCAUCAUCUAUCUGGCUACCACUACUCAGGAUCAGACAGCUGGACGGCAGCUGAGAGGCGCCUGUUCAACAAAGGCAUGGCCGCGUAUAAGAAGGACUUUUUCAUGGUGCAGAAGCAGGUAACUACUAAGACGGUGGCGCAGUGUGUGGAGUUCUAUUACACGUACAAGAAACACGUGAAGAUUGGCCGCAAUGGAGCGCUAAUUUAUGGCGAGACCGAGCCUUUGGAGAACAGGACCGUGGAGGAGGAACUGGACCACAAGGCCUCUCAAAGACUGGAGCCACAGCAGGAGGAGGACAUCAGGAAGUGGGAUGGUUCAGCUGACAGGAAACAGGAUGCCUGUCCCACCAGGGUGACGCACACGCUGCCGUCCACUGAGAAUCCUGGGACCGUCCUCAUCAUGAAGGCCCAGGAGGAGGUGGGGAGGGAGCAGCCGUUGUCCAGGGUCAUCCACCACGCCCAGCCGACCCAAACCAAACCACGCUUUGAUGGCAACGCGCGCAGGCCUAGCCCCCCGUCGGGCAACAAAGUCUCUUUGGGGCAGGAGGGAGAGUUCCCCUGCAAGAAGUGUGGCAGGAUUUUCUACAAGGUGAAGAGCCGCAGCGCCCAUAUGAAGAGCCAUGCAGAGCAGGAGAAGAAGGCGGCCGCUCUGCGACAGAAGGAGGCAGAGGAGCGCGCUGCAGCGAGGGCAGCGGCAGCGGCUGCCGCCGCCACGGCAGCUCGGCAGCAGAACGGAACGCGUCAGGUGGGCGGUGACAGCGCCAACGACGACUCGUCAGGCAGAGAGGACGAGGACGACGAGGACUGGCAGAAUUAGGGUGGAGGCAGAGACCCACUUCACCAGGCAGGGCAGCUUAUUUACCCUCCUUUUAUAGAAACAAGACCACCGUUGCUUGGUGCAGUCACAGACAACUAACCGUGAAUGCUCAAACUUGUCUAAGCGUCUGGAUUUGUUUGUUUCUUACCAGAACUCCCCUUUACUCAGCUUGAAAACCUUUUUCAAGAGUUACCUCUCUUGCUCACAGGGCUCGGUGAAAUCAAAGCCAUGCCUCUCCUCCCGGUGUCGUCCUGUUGAAUUCCCAGCCGCAGCCUUCCUGUGCACUUUGAUUCCCGCCCUGCUUUCUUCUGACAGGCACGUUGGACCCCCAUCCUCGGUUUCCUUUCACCUUUGGUCAUUCUGCAUCCCAACCUUUGGGCAUCAGGUGAAGUUUAGACGGCUGAUCUGUGAUAGUUGGGAUGAGGUGGAGAAGACAGGGUACUUUUUGGGAUGGACGGCUGGCAUGAUCGGACUGUUGCCUCUGUGUCACCGCUCGUCUGCACCAACAGCUGUCAAGUGUUUUUACGAAGCAUGAAAUGAGUUCUCUCUGUUUAUCCGGGCUUUGGUUCUGUGAAUCCCCUUCUUGACCCUUUUAUAAAGCCCACUUUGCUCCUCACUGUUUAUGCCUUAGGUGUUAUGACGGUUUUAUUUGAAAAUGACAAUCAAUUUUACACUGUUGGUGUUUUUUAUGGACAUGUACAUAAACAGGUCAACUUUUUUCCCUCUGUCUCUGUAGUUAUAUGUGGUUCUUGUCAAUAUUGUUGUUGGUAAUUAUUAAUAUUAUUAUUAACAUUAUUAUUAUAUUCUAGUUUUGGCUGCAGUUUUAAGCGCUUUUACUUUUUUUUAUUUAAGCAAAAUAAUUGCUCCUUGCUACCUGUUUAUAACUGUGAUUUUAUUUUAUUUUUUUCAUUGGGAGGCCAGAAAUGAAGAAAAAGCAGAAAUGUAUGUGCAAUAGAACAAGUCGACCCCCUGUUGUUUCCCCAGGGUGUUCUCUGUCAGCUUAGAAGCAGCUGCUCUGAAUGCCUCUCUGUCGGCUCUAUAACUGAUAGGAGGUUCUGACUCAGACUGUUCAAACCGCAGGUCUCUACGGAUACGAGCAAGACGACAACCAGCCCAGUCUGAUCCCAAACACGCUUUGGUAUUUACGGCAUGACAUUGGCUUUUCACGGUGUGUGCUUUUUGUUCUUAAUUGUAGACAAAGCAUUGCUUCUAUCCAGGCCAUGGCUGGUCUGUUAUCAUACCUCCACAUGGUAUAAAUACCACAGUAUGGCAGUAUUUACACAAAAAUGUGUGGCUUUAAUGUAUAAUAUGAUGUUAUUGCCGUUAUUGAAAUCAAAUUGAUUGUUGCAAUUCUAAUAUUAUCUUUCACAUUAAUUUAUCCAUCUUUUGAAUCGGAUACACAGACAUAAACAAAAAUAUGAAAUAAACAUCUGACAAAAUUUAUAGUAGAUUUCAAGUAAUUGUGCACAGAAUAUAUUGAGAAUAUUUCCAAACAUCCGAUGUUGCCUUUCAGCCAGCUGACCGGCAGUGUGCAGGAAAGUUUUUCUUUGCUCUAUACACCCACAGAAAAGUCUGCUGUCUGCUGCUCUUCAGAACCGUAUGGUAGAACAUUUUAGCUGUUUUCUAACAUUAAACCGGCCCAAGCCUCCAAGCUGACAUUAAGAAGGGCAGAAAGGCUCUUCGCUACAAUAAACAUAAUUUAAAAGGUUUGUUGGGUUUAAAUAUAUGUUUUUGCCACUCAGAUUAAAACGUUUCUCUUUUCCGUUGUCUUUCAGUAAAUAAUUUACUUUCAUCAACUACAAAGCUAAGAAAAGCAGAAAGUUUUAGUAAUUAAUCAGAUUUUAAUUUUGAACAAAAUUUCUGCCUCAUGCUUUUUCUACCUCAGCUUUGUAGCCCUUCUGCAGACUGUUAUCAGUAAGUAUCAUUUAUUAAAAAUUGCUGUGAGACAUUCUUCUUUAGUCAUGUCUAAUCUGAGUUCAGAUGUUAAAGAUGAGGAAAAACAGACAUCAGUUUGCUUUUAUGGAGCUUUUUUCCUUAUCAAACCUCAUCCCUUGUUACGGAUUUAGAUAUCAAACUGCUUUUUUUCUUGGAGAAAAUCUCAAUUGUCCCUCACAACUUUCAGCCACAGUUUGUUUCCCACCCUCUCUAAAAGCCUGUUGAUGACAGUAAAUCAUUUACUGACCAUCUCUUUCUUCUGCAACCAAACCUUUACAGCAGACAUGGAUUUAACUGAUUGCACUAAAAUCCUUGUUUGCUCCUAAUUGUUUAAUAUUAAAUUGUAAAUUAGAUCUUUGAGAGCCAAGCCUGGAUUUCUACUAACAUGAAAGCAUCUCAGCUUGCGAAUGGAUUUUUGCCCGGUGAUUCCACAAUGGCUGUGUUACAAAUAAUUGUAAUGAAAAAGCUGUUUCAGAUGAGAAUUUGUUGUGGCUUUCAAAUGCCAGUAUGAAGAAAAAGUUGCCAUCUUUCUAAGCAGGCAGUUUGGAUCUAUGGUUCCUCUCUUCCCGUUUACCUGAUAUGAGGCACUGAGUUUGGACCAUUGUAACCGUGCGUUAUCUGUUGCUACAUAUCCCAGUGUUAAGCCCUUUAGUCUGGAGCCAGCUUCAGCUGCCGAAGCAACAAAUAGGUUAAAGGAUUGUUUUCCUUUUUAAAGGACAAACCACAACCGAGGGGCGGGGGGGGGGACAGAAACAAUCAGAAUCAGCUCCACCUAAUCUACAAGUUAAAAUCUAGGUCUAUGCACAGAGACUGUGUGUGCGAGUGUGUGUGUUUAAAGUAUCUUGUUAGUGGUGUGUAUGAGUACCUGUGUCACUGCAUACCAGCCAGAAACAAAAACAAAAAAAUGUUUUGCAGACUGUUCAUAUUAGGUAUGUUAAUUUAUAUCCCUUUUUUUAUUUGGGCUUGUCUCAAGGUUCUUGUUUGGGUUUGGGCCGGGAAGGGAGGGCCACGAUGUUGCAAAACGUUUCAAAGAAGAAUCUUUAUGGGUGAAAUCGAGGCCACAAACACUUCUAUUUCAUCUAUCUGGUGAAGGGAAAUUUCAGAAAAAAAUGUUUUUAUUUAGCUAAAGAUUGGAAAUAUAUAUGAAUGGAAUUCUAUGUUUGCAUACUUUUUAUGCUAUUUUCGUAUAGGGUUCACAGUAAUGAUAAAAUCAGAAAGGAAUCUCAAGUGGUUUUUACUACAGUGUAACUUAUUUGUGUUGAUUUGAUUUUUACCACCGGUGUUUUUAGUAAUGAUUCAUGGACACACUGUAUAUUAAAGGUUCAAAACAUUCA